GAAGCCGUGUGCUGCCUCUCGGAGCAGAGCCUGGCCAUCGCCCGGGGCAGCAGCAACAAGAGCCCGGCCUUGGAGGAACCCAUGAGCUUGCUCUACGAUAUGAACGAUUGCUAUUCCAAAUUGCGGGAGCUGGUGCCGGGCAUCCCGCAAGGCACCAAGGUGAGCCAGGUGGAGAUCCUCCAGCACGUCAUCGACUACAUCUUCGACCUGCAGAUCGUGCUGGAGGAGGGGGCCAAGGGCCGCGACCCCUCCUCCGAGGCCACCCUGCUCUCCCUUAAGGACCAGUUCACCUACAGCGAGCUGGGCAGUCUGAGCUGGGAGAUCCUGCCAGAAGUCCAGCGCCUCUUGGAAAGCAGCAAGGAGAACUUCAGCUAG